AUGGAACACGCAGUCUUUGUGUCCAGCUGUAACAACAAUAUGCGCGUGCGUAAUAAGGCCUUAYUUUCGCGCGUUUAAACUAAGUCAAAAUAACAGAAAAGCUCGUUAUAGCGAUAAAUGAGCUAUGUGUGGCAGGAAAUAUGAAACGAAAGCAUCCACAUAAUUCUUCAGGAAAAGGGUGUCAGAUAAUAUCCAAAUUCUUCAAGACUUCGUCAUCUCAAGAUGUGAAAGAAGCUAGUAAAAAAGAUACAGAUUUAUUUGUGGUAUCCAAAGUGAGUCUUGCUGUACCAGUAUUACAAAAACUGACCAAACUGAGAGAAAGUCUUAGUAGAAGAGCACUUUAUGCUGAUCCUGUUUGCUCCUAUAGCAAUGAAAAGAAUAAAAAGAUGGAAGAGUAUGAUAAAGUCCAUCCAGAAUACAAACCUGAAUGUGCUUCAGAUAAUAAUCCUAAUAAUAGAAUAAGGAAAGCUGGCAUAAAAGAAUUGAGUGAAUGUGAUGCAGAUAGGGAUACAAAUAGUUCAUUGCAAGACAAUACUGUAUUUUCCAUUUCAAGUGACUCUUCGCUUGAGAAUGUGUCAAAAAGUCUAGGGUCUGACCAGACUCCAGUUGAUAUGGAUACAGAAGAAGAAUGUUUAAUGGAAGAUAAAAAGACUUGUGGUAUUGAAGAUGAAUCAGAUAAAGAUGAUCAAGAUACCAACUAUGUCACCAUGUUAGACACAGAAAUAAGCUGUGAAACUGAAUCAAAUGGUAACAAUAAGAGCAUAGACAAAGGCAUUGAUCAGAAACCUUGUAUACCACUUCCUGGGACCGAUGACUGUGAGAAUUUUGAUCAAGAAGAGGAAAGGAACAAAAAUACUGAUCAACCAGAUGACAUAUUGAGAAAUGUUAUGGACAAAGGGCCAAUCAAAAUGGACUUGCAUUCUUCUUCUUAUAAGACACUAACAGACACUGAAGCUGCCUAUGUUUCACCCUUUUCAUGUGAUACCUUGUACAGCCAAGGAAAUGAUGAACUAGGUUCUGAUUCAGAUGAUGACUUACUGUCACCACCACCAUUCCUAUACGAGAAGACAGCAAAGCCCAUUGUGCAUACACCAGAAAAAAUCACUACUCCUAUGGGUGCAAGCCCAAUGUCUUCACCUGUAAAACCUGUAAAAAAUGUUAUGCAGGAACUUGAUGAACAGAAUUACAGGUUUUCUGUUAAUAAACUGUUGAAAGAGAAGAACAGAAAAGAAGUGAAAAAUACGGCACUAACAAAGAUUGAAGCUGAUCUGGAUGCUGGGAUCAAGAAAGGAGGAAUUAAGAAUAUGACUGAUAUGAUUAGUGAAGAUGAAACAGAUUCAGAGGUUGACGAUGGAAAGGAUCUUAGUCAGUGCAAAUUACCAAAGGAGGUAUCAAAACAUUUGGUACGAGUAAGCAACUUCUCAGAAGACCUUGUUGGUGAAGAUAUCUUCCCAAUGCUGGAUAACAAAAUCCUGGAAUAUGAGAUGCCUACCAUAAACAUUCCUCCCCCACUUAAAGAAGGAGACAUAUUCUGCUUGUUAUCAUCCAAACCUGAUGAAAUCAAGGAGUUAAUAAAUGGGGGAUGGAUUAUGCAGUACUAUCUCAAAAGGCCUUGUCCUGAUCCUGUAGCUGAAUGGGUCUUCCAAAUCAUGUGUUUCUGCCCAGAUACAUUUGUUAGUAGUCAAUGUUUUAAGACUCUGUGGGCUCUGUUGAGGGCUGGUACUGAGGAACAAGGUGGAGUACCAAAGGGAGUGAGAGGUAUGACAUGGGUACCAAGCAUCAAGAAUAUCAUCCUUGUCUUACAGCACUAUGGAGCCACAAUAGAAUCUAUUACACCAAAUGAACUGAAAACAGCUGGGAUUUGUCCACCAAUACAUAAUGUGAUGAAAAGAGAAGGAGAAACCUUUGAUAUUUCCAAGUCGACUAGAUCUUGUAAUCCCCAGCUAGUAUUUGUAAUGGGACAAUUGAUUCAGUUUCUGACUCAUUGUUUGCAUAUGGCUCCCCUGAAGUUCACAGUCAAUGAUCUUCAUCUUCUUCUAAUGAUCUCAUGUCGGCUAUCACUUGACCUUAGGCUGCAAGAAUUCCUUUUUGAUAUGGAAAUGUUAAUUUUUGAAAUCUUAAAUUCCUUUGGGAAAUCUCAAUGGGAAGAACAGGUAAAGGAAUUGCCAAUGUUACUUGUACAUUUGAGCACCAAUCACCAGGACCUGCUGCACAUUCUACAUGUAGUACCACUAUCAGAACGAGGCUGUCAACUCAGAAAGUUGACCUGUGUUAUCCUAAUCCAUUAUUUUGUAAAAGAAUUCAGUUCAGAACAUGCUAUUUCUGACAGCACACAAAGAACUGAAAUACUUCAAAGCAUAAACAAAACAGCAACUUUUGAGGCUUUCAAGCUGUUGUCUCUGGUAGAUGAAAUACAACCAAAGCAAAACUCUAAUUAUCAUCUACUUCAUACUAUUAUAUCUCUUUUUGAUCUGGCUAUUGGUAAUGAAGACCAUCCUUCAUCAGAACAGGCUGAGCUUAAAAAGCUGGCUAAUAGGCUCAGUAGGUUGAAUGGUGACAUAAAAGAUCCUAGAGCAGCAUACCUAGAUAGGACAAAGGUAAAGGAUUUAUUAGUUAGAAUGGUCAAUAAAAUACACUUUCUCGUGCAAGCUAUCAAACCAAAAGAGCGAGAAGUAACAGAGUACUUUGAAACAAACAGUUCUGAAUAUGAAGUGCAUACUUUAGAAGAAACAUUGCUGGAUAGUCCUGUACCAGAAGAAGCUGAAAGUAUAUCAAGUCCAGGGGAGUAUAGUGAUGCUAGUAGUGACAAGGAAACUAAUGACYGAGUGAAACAAUAACAUUAGCUUUUUAAUUUCAAGGACCCUUGUUUUCUCUCUUUUGUAACGCCACAUUACUAUUCAGUGAUGACAAUGAUGGUUUUUUUGCAUUCAUUGUUAAAUGAUGAAGGGUUAUGGAGUAAAUUCAACAUGAUGCUAUUUCAAGCUUUCAAAGUUUAAAAAACACUAGGAGUGGUUUUACUUGGCAAUGAAAGGAUAAUUCCAUUGUCUUCUUUGUUUUACUUAUUGAUACUUACUAAUCAUACAACUUCGUUUCAUGGGCCUAGUAAAAGGUCACUCUUAGUUACCCAGAGUUUUCAAUAGAAGCCAGCAGUAUUUUGAUUAAAGUUCCCCAAGAUUUAGGGAAAACGUGAGAAAGAUUUACUCGCUGUUCCCCACCUAUUCAUUAUAUUUUACUGCUUACUCAAGCUGGUAUUGAAAACCUUGUGUACAGAUGUAUAAUAAUGACUGAUGAUGUUUGCAUGUAGAAUCAGAAAAGAACAUUUAUUAUAACAGUUUUGUUUCUUAGAUAGAUAGAUGUAAAGUUUUGCAACACAUCCAAGUAGUUUGUCGUUUUUUAUUGAUAGAGGAAGGAGUAGUUACAUCAAGUUAUUUUGAUUAAAUAAGAUAUAGAUGAUUUUUUCCUCAAAUACAAAUCCAAUAAAAAUGUUAUCAUGAUGAUGAAUGUGCUACAAUAGUUACUGUGCUAGCAUUCCUUACAAUUUUCCUUUUGCAUUAUUUGCAUUUAAUCAAGAUGGCUAUUGUGAACAAUCUGCACCAUACGGUAAGGUGUUGUACCACUUAAAGACACCUUACUGUUAUGUUAUCAACCAUUUACUGACACCUUACCGUUAUCUUACUGACAACAAGAUUUCAAUGAUAGUGUAGAAUAGAUGUCAAAUACAGUGAGUUAUAAAAUUGAACUCUCGGUAAACACAUUGUAAUCCAAGAAAAGACAUGAAAGUCCGUUCUUGUGCAUGAUAAAGAGAUAUUGAACUGCAGUUUUGUUAAAAUUAGCGAUCGUGAGUAAAUAUUGUAAUGGUACUACUAGCAAAUUGAUCCAGUAGUACUAGUAACUCAAACUUGGCAAAUAUGGGAAUGGUAUCACCGGAAAAUAAAUUCAGUUACGAAACAUUACCAACACUUUACUGUUACAUUACCAAGCACUUACCGACACCUUACCGUACAGUGAGCAUUGUUCACAAUAGCCAAUCAAGAUUAUGACUGUAAUCUAAAACUGUUUUAUUAAGAGCUCAAAAGUUAGUUAUAUUUUGAUCUUGUUACAUGUAUCUUCAAUUUUUAAUGGCACAGAAAAUUGACUUCUUAAAUAAA